AGUCAAGGUGUCGAGACGUGCGCGACUGCCUGCCUACUGAGGUAUACCUGUGUCCGUCAUUGGAAAGCCUUUCGUUGCCCUCGCCCGUGUGCCUCCAGUGCGUUGUUCUUUUGUUCAAAGUGAAAUGGAAAGCUCUCUCUGUUUCCUUUAACUGUGAGUGCUUAAUACGUACAUGAAGUGUCGACGAUUAAUAUAUAUAUAUAUAUAUAUAUUUGAUAGAAGGGAAGAAGAAAAAAAUAAUCGUGAAAUUAUAUAUACAUACAAAAACACAGUUAUUCUUUCUACGUGUUAGAGUGACCGAUGGAAGUGGCGGUGUUAAGAACCAGAAGUCGGUAACUUAAAUUCAAAGAACAGUGAAAGAAUGAAGUUACUGGUAGUGUCGAGUGACUUUCGCAAGUGUCUCAGAAAAGCCGCACAAGUUCCCUGCAAAACAAGUGUCUCUCAAGUUACCUACAGAACAAGUGUUUCUCCAAGUAGUGUGUCAAGCUGGGUACCAAAGUUGCGGCCUAAAUGUGGGAGCCCGCGGGUUAAAUGAAAAUUUUUAGACUGAUAUAUCUUGCCGUUAUCCUGCUGGUGCUGCUGUAUGUGGGCUCAGCAAUGGGUGGGAGCGGAGACAUAGUCCUCGCCGCAGCGUCGGAGAACGAGGUCGGCGUCUGCCUCUCCUUCAAACAUCGCAAAAAUCUGACCGACUGCUGCAACAAUACCGACAACAUGCAAAUCAUUCGCGUGUUCAAGACAUCCCCGAACCAAGGCAUCUUCCAUUCGUACAACAAGAAAAGGGUUCUAUGCUACGAGCUGAGGAGGAAGAGGUUCCGAGUCCUCAAGUUGAGGGACCUGUUUUGUCCCAAAGUGCGGCACAAGAGAUACAACCGGGCGGACCUCGGAGACGGCACACCCCGGUGCGAUGAUUACUCCCUCGCUGAUAUCAAAAACGAAACAAUUACAUUCAAAAAGAGAAAGUACCAGUGCAUGUUGUACGAAGACCAGAGCAUAGGCUUCACGUACAUUUCAGCGGAGAAAGAGGAUAAGUUCCUAGCGGUGAGAAACGGUAGAGUGCAGAAGGUCAGCAAGAAGAUAAAGGAGAAGCACAAGAGACUGUUUCGCAUCCCUGUGACCAACAUGGAAACAAUCGUCAACAACAGUAGAAACUGUGCUCGCUGAAGCUUACUUAGUGUCCCUCGUGGUCGGCAAAGGAAGAACGCUUAGCGACUGAAAUUCAGGACGAGAGUUUCGUCAGAGCAAGUCUAUAAUGUUCAACACGGUUGGUACCUCGUUUCGGCAUCCACGCCCCAAGGUCUCUACCGAUCUUGCACGCAUCCUAGAAGUCAGUAGGUCGUCAAGAACACAAGAAAUGUCAAUGCGAAUUGGCGUAAUCUAUUAGGAAAACUCCAGGGCCUACGAGUGAUGCGAUCCGCUCUGCUUUAACACAGUAGUAGGUUAAAGAAAAGUUCUUGGUCAUCACGGGAGCACUGCCACGCCCUGAGCGACGUCCGGCGGAAGCUGAUGUACUUAAUUCAGAGGCGACGGCGAGAAGGAAGGAGACCGCCCGCAAGGCCGCCCGUGUCUCGUCACAGCGGCAACCUCAGCAACAGAUCUGAAGACGGCAAGAUGGUGUAUAAACACUGUAUAAAAACCUUUAUGCUAGUCCCCACACUCUAGGUUAACUAUAUAGUCUAGUAAAAUGUAUUGUAAAUAUCUUUUGAUCAGAUUAUACUUUUUGUAACAAGUUAUUUUCAAGAUUGCAUUAUAUUAUGCAUUUCACUAAUGAUUAUUUUUAAUGUAAUCCUUUUUGAUAUCUUGCAAAUGCAGAGCAAUGCCAAAGUAUUUAACAGUAACCAUUCCAUGUAAAGUGUCCCAUAGCUGUAACCUAUCUUUCUACAAUUGUUAGUCAAGUACAGGAUGUGAUGUGAUGGCAAGGAUUCUUUUGUUUUAGUUAUUCUAUCUUUUAUUCUGUGAUUAGGUAACU